AUGAUUAGGGGAAGACCUACAGUUGCAAAUUUAUAUAAGUUAUUGUUCGACUGGAUCAGUGAAAUUUGGUCAUCCAAGUGUUGUCGCAGGAUGCUGAGAACAAAACAUUAUUGUAUAAUAUGGUCAUUAAAAAUUAUUCCCAGGCAUUUAUCAAAACUUGAAAUAUUGAAGCAUAAUGGAAAGGGACCAGAAAGCAUAAUCCAUUACAAAGAGGCUGAAGGUUUUUUCUGGAUCAAUAUAAACAUCCAGGAAGCACAUUUAACAGAUCAUUUGAGUAAUGUUGAUUGUUGGUGGUCAUCUCCUUGGCAACAGAUCUCGCUGAAUGGUUAUCAGAAGUGGAGAGUUCCAAGUCAACACGGAAGAAAGAGAGAGGAAAAUGAAAGAAUUUGCAUCCUUAUAGAGUUACCAAGAGGUUGAUAGUUCAAACGUCGGUAUUAAAAAAUAAAUAAAUAUUAACUAAAAUGGAAGUAUUAAAAAAGUUGGAAACUAUGGUGGCGGGUGCUCAGAAUGUGAAUGGGGUUGCAGUCGGUGGACUUGAAGAGUAUUUCGGUAAUUCGAGGUUUUGUUCUCAUGUUACUAAUGGUUAUGGCAAUGGAAUGGAAUCACAAAAGAGCAUUUCAAUCUCUACAAUCAUGGAUUCCAUUCGGGUUUCAUGUAAAUACACUAUAAUAUUUUUUUUUUUUGGCUUCUCAUUUCCGCCUUCAUAUAUAUUGAUGCAAAUAUGGAGU